GGACGGAGUGUUAGAGAUUCCGUGAAAAGACUUCUUGGUUUGGAAGUCCGCCAAACUCACUUGUCCUCCCUUAUAGGGAGUGUGUAUAGCGUACAGGACCAUGAUUCGAUUUAAGUCCAAAAGUAUAGUACUCGCCAUUGCAGUAGCUUCAUAUCUAGCGACAGUUACCGACGCUAGAGGUCGUCUCUUAGAGCCAACUCAGAGGUCAUCACUUUGGCGACGGGGUUUCAAAAGUCCAAUCAACCGUGACGAUGAUGGUUUAAACUGUGGAGGCUAUUGGCAUCAAUGGCAGAUGAAUUCAGGCAAAUGUGGGGUGUGUGGUGACCCGUAUGACGUUUCACCUCGCCAUAACGAGGUUGGCGGGAAAUUUGCCAACGGAAUUGUUUCCCGUUAUUAUAGUACAAACGACACUUUUAUAAACGUUAUAGUGGAAGUUAAAAAGAACAUGAGGGGAUACUUUGAAUUCCGUUUGUGUCCCGAAGUGUCAGAAUCAGUUCCGGUGACGCAUGCGUGUUUGGAUAAGUACCAUUUAGAGAUUGAGGGCCAUGGCAAACAAUUUGAGGCGGUUCAUCGUGGGAUGAAUCACCUCCAGAUCCGACUUCCGGUGGGCGUCGCUUGUGAGCGCUGUGUUCUACAGUGGAAAUGGCACACAGCGCUGAACUGGGGUAAAUGUGAAGACGGCUCGAGCCGUACAGGAUGUGGGCCACAGGAGGAAUAUUAUAACUGCGCUGACAUCGCUAUUCUUCCCCCAGAAACGAUUCUGAAGAAAAAUUUGAACUCUGCCACCCAAGGAAAGCAAACAUCAGGCACAGCAUUUCGGUAUUUGAAAACAGACCCAUCGCUGGAGCCCAUUGUUCCAAUUUUUGAUUUUAACGAGAGAAAUGCCCGGACGUCCAACAAAGUAGCCAACGAAGAAGUGCAGAUCAGGAAAGAUGUGGAACCCGCUUUUCCAAGCGUAUCAAUAGGAAAGGUUCCAAAACCAAAAGGCAUCAUGUUGCCCUAUCUUGGAGAGGGUGCGAAGACAGCUGACCAGAACAUCGCUGAGAGUGCCAGCAAGAUGACGGAUACAAAGGAAAAGAUCAACCCAACAGAUCUGUUAAAUCGGUUUCAGUCCUCAUCUGAAUUCACUGAUAAGAUUUUAUCUCGCACGAAGCGGACUACCCCGGUAACACCGAAUCCCGUUACACGAGCACACAACAGUUUCUCUCUCAAGAAAAGCACAGUGAGCUUCUCGGGUUCUAAUGCCAACUCAAACGUGGGUCGUCUUGGAUCCAUGAAGGGUCAAACUGGCCUCAUUUCACCACCACUUUCCGCAAACGUAGAAACUGAGUCCCAGCCAGUCGUUGGACAAUCCUCUUUCUCAUCAUCGUCAUCUUUAUCAUCGUCGUCUUCCUCAUCAUCAUCUUCAUCUUCUUUCUCAUCUUCUGGAAUGUCACACAGCUCUCCUCUUACGUCGGUUAAAUGGUCAGCUUCGUCUGGAAUCACUGGUUCCGAGUCUUCACUGUCGGGGAUCGAUAGCUCAGUACCCAUCACUAGUGGACUGGCAUCACAAGUUCAACCGUCUGUCAAAGAUGGUAAAACAGUCCAUUCUGUGUCUUUUGUCGUCAAUAACACCCAUAGUGGAAUAGACAAGAAACCCCACUCUGCUGUUUCCCUGGCGUUACAGAAACUGAAGAAGUUGGUAACCUAUGUAAAAGAGGGUGGCAACGCGGAAACCAUUCAGACCGUCCAAGUUACAAAUACACCCAGCGGUGGAAUUAAAAAGGUUAUACGGACUGAGAUUAGAAAGAAAAACCAAGGUGUUACUCCGCCAGGCUUUCUGAGUGGAAAUCAGGGAGGCCUUCAAAUUUCAGCAAGGGACCUCUUGAAUGGAAGAACAUCAUCAAGUAAAAUGUCUUCUUUUAGCGGUUCUGUAGGGGUACCAGUAAAAAAAAUAGUGGAGUCAACCAAGGUCAACGUUAACCAGCAAGUUAACCAACAAGUCCACUCAAACAGCAUGCCGCCAUCUAUAAUGGAGUCAUCCAAUAUCGAUGUUGCCCAGCAAGUCAAGCAACAAGUCCACUCAAACAGCAUGCCGCCAUCAAUUUCCAUUGAGAUCACAAAUACUUCUGUUUCCAAACGAGUAUCUUCAAACGGACAUCAGAAAGCUGAUAUUGAGAUGAAAACUGAGAAACAAACAAAUGCAGCAGAUGUCUUAAUAACGUCACAAUCUGAAACUAAGACUGUUGAACACAUCCGGACAGAAAACCAAAAUCAGAGACCAGUCGAGCCUACACAAGAAGUAGUUCCUUCAUCUGAGAGGAAAACACAAUCCUUUGAAAACGAAAUGGUUAUAUCAAAUCCAGAGACUAUCUCUUCUUCAAAAACCCAAUCGACUGUUAUAUCUAAUGUACAAGCAAUUAUGUCUAACAACCCAAAGUCAUCGAGCGAUUCAGGAAUAUUUGUAGUGAAACAGAUUUCAAAACCGAACCCUCGACCAUCCUUCCGCCAAACUGUUGUUAUUCCAAGCAGCAAUAAUGACAAUUAUGCUGUUCCUUCCUCUAUGUCUGGGCCUUCUCUCACGAUCGCCGGCGGGUCCCUCUCUAGUCGUCCAGCUGACCUGGGGUAUAACAAAAUGUCACAGGUGUCAGAGUCUGAGGCUAGAGAGUCAUUCUUAAGGACACAGAAGAUUUCAUCAGGACAAAACAACAAAGCGGCUGUAUCAAUCACAGCAGAAACUAAGAUAAAGGAACCUACACCAGUUUCAGUUGUCAAAUCUGAAGUAGUUUCCAUGACCAAAAAGCAAGAAAUAACCCAAAAUGGAAAAGAUGUCUUAGAAGCAAGAAAUAUUGAAAUUGCUAACGAGGAUAUGAACAGGAAAAAUUUAGCUGACAGACAACAAGGAAGAGUAGAAAUCAGAACCAGUAAUAGCUUUUCACCAAAUAAGGAAUCAAAAAAUUCAUUUUCAGUCAGACAUGAUGUAUCUAACAUAAAUCGUGAUUUUCAACAAAGAAAAGAACGACUGAAUACAGAAAAAGUCUUCCAAAAUGUCAAAUCCGAAGCUAUUGAAAAGAUUCUUCGUGAGAAACAAGAGAAAACCCCUUCCAGAAAAAUUGCUCACAAACUGGCAUCUGAUUCACAACAAGUACGGCCUGAUACACGAAGAACAGAGUCCGUUGUAGUGAAUACAACAAAUAUCAACGAAAUGAAUGUAGAACCAACCUCAUCAUCUGUAUCUUCAUUUUCUUCGUCCUCAUCUUCGUCUUCAUCUUCGUCUUUUUCAGUUUCGAAUAAUUCUCAGACUGAUUUGAAAACAGAUUCUACCAUGGGAAUAGAAACAGGGAAUUGGCAAGCAAUGCCGAAUCAAAACAGUCUUAAAAUUGAAACCACAAAUACGUUGAUAGAAAACACAAAUGUUCAGAGAGAAAAUACAAACCCAGAACCACAACCACCAGUACCAACAAAGAAGUUGGAAGUCAUAACAAUUAUGCCAGAUGAGAUUUCGACUCCUUCUACUGUUUUGGAGAUCAAAUCAUCGAACAACAUUGUACAAGAAACAUCAUCGCCAACUCCAGAACGACCGGUUGGGAUUUUCAGCACAACUCUUCCACCACAAAUUCCUCCUAGCACUCUUCCACCCGAAGGAGGAUCACACAACAAGGAUCAGCUUAUAUCAAGCCCAAUCCUUAUUAAAGGAAGCAUCAAUAUCGGCGGGGCAGGAGGAACUCAAUGGGGGAUCUCCAAUGGCCUUGACACUGCUCCACAAGGUCAGAACUUAAUCGUUGACGGUCUAAAUCAGGGACUUGGACUUCAGUAUGGAAUGAAUGAUCCAUCGUAUCAGAUUAAUUUCAACUUACCAACUGACGUUCAGCAAAACAUGGCGUCCACUAGCUGGAUGGACUCUUCUGUUUCCAAUACCAAUCUAGAUUCGUUAUUUAUUGAUCAGCCUACUUCAAUGAAUUCUCAGUCUUCUUUCGUUGACAUGUCAAAUAAUGCAGGUGAACAGUUUUUGGCGGCUGGACCAGUCGAAUCUAUACCUUUACCUCCCGGAGAAACCGUAAAUGCCGAUUUUCAAAAUUCUGCAUCUUUCGUACCUUACGACGGUAAUAUGAUGACUGGGGGAUUUGAUCAAUUUAGCACAGGAUCUGCCGCAGUUGACGCCAGCUUUGUACAUGAAUCCAACUUUGCUAAUGUUGGGCAAGGAUCUGUUUUGUCGUCUAACUUUGCUGGGCAGGGACUAUCAUCUGGAUUUGACACCGGAAUUAUUCCUAGUGGAAUGGAUCAUACACUUUUGCGAAUGUCCGAUACUACUGCUUUUGAAGUUGGCCCGGUUCUUUCGGCAGGCGGACAGGUGGCACAUGACAGUGCAUUUGGACUUGGUUUUGUAACAUCAUUACCGGAAACAUCUCCACCACCUACUACGACGACGACGACGACAACAACAACAACAGAACAACCAACAACAACAACACCAACUACUACUACUACUACUACUACUACUACUACCACAGAACCAACAACCACGACGAAAGCAACAACCACAACAACUGAAGCAACAACCACAACAACGGAACCAGCUACAACACAAGCACCAACUACUACAACCUCAACACUACGACCUACAACUAGUACUAGUACAACCCAGAGACCAACUACAACAACAACUAGGGUGACUACAACAACGACAACACAGGCGCCAACUACUACGACUAGAACUACAACGACUGCAGCCCCAACUACACAAAAGACAACAACAGAAGUUGUAACAACACCAGUGCCAACAGCAGUUGAUUAUGGUCUUGAUCUAUCAGUAUCGCAGACAUCAUCGUUGUCCUCGUCAGUGCAUUCCAAAUCACAAGUGGAGACUGUCAAUACACAAAAAUCAGACUCGUAUACUGUAAUAUCAGGUGAUAGAGCUCCACUGAGUUUAACUCCGCCUCCUGAUCCUGUUAUAAAACAAGUGGUGGUAACAAAUACUGAGAACGUUGAAAUGGGUGAACAACCAAUCCCACAAUUGAAAGCGGCCUCAGCCCAGUCCCAAUCUUUGAAUCAAAAUAGCAUUGAUGGAAAAUCAUCAAAGAUUACCUCGAUUGAAAGCACAAAAUCAGAAAUCUCGGUGAACGCACAACAAACCGGCAGCGACGUUGCUAUGGACACCGCCGAAAAGAGCACUGUAGAUACCCAGGUUUCAGGAACCAGUGAAACAAUGGCGUCUUUGAAAACCAGUGGGACAAGUGGACAAACAAACACAAUGAAAGAGGCGUCAAAGUCCGUGGCAAUCGAUGCAACAGUUCCAGGCAGAGGGGACAUUAGUUCAAAUUCAGACCUCACGGCCCAAACUUCUUCCACUAAUACAGAAACUAAAGUAGACACACAGACUGAAAAAACACAGGGUAGACAAGAUCCAAAUGCUAUUUUAGCUAAUAUGUUCAAGGCACUUACCGAUAUAAUGCUUAAAGUUCAAAUGGGUGGCGCCCAAACAUUCCCAUAUUCAACAGAUCAAAGCAAGAAAAUCGACAUGACAAGCUCAAUGGAUGGGGCUCCUUCCGCUACCACAUUAGAAAAAGCAAACCAAGUGGAUUCAGUUAGUUCCUCUUCAAGUUCCUCAACAAGCUCGAUGAAUAUGGAAUCUAAAUCCGUAUCAGCAAGUGAAGUUGUGCAGAGUGAUGUAAAGAAGGAUAAAAUUGUUAACACCAAAACAAAAACUGCGAGCAAGAAUACAAUGUCUGAACAGUCUGCAGGAGUGCCAAACAUUAUAACAACUGAUGCGCCCUUGGCUACCCAGCAACCCCCACAAACAGAGGCGCCAGUGGUGGAGAAUGCCUAUGUUGAUACUGGUGUCCAGUCUUCUUCUGGUGACACGUCAUCAUUUGCCAUUUCAGGUGGCUCUGUAAUGGACAUGGGAAACAUGGCAAUAGAUGGACAAAUGGUAGACCCAGGCAUGAUUGAUGCAACAGGUCUUGGAAACACAGCGCCAGAAUGGGGAACCGGUGGGAUGACAGGCAAUGUUGAUUUAAUGAUGGACACUUCUAACCUAGCUACUGGAGCCAACAACGCGUGGGAUACCACAUACAUGUUUGAUAAUACUGCCACUGGUGGACUUGACAUGGGAGUUGGGGCGUCUGGCUCUAACUGGGAUGCAGCAUUCGUAGACUCAACACAACCAAUAGUUGAUCCAGCAGUUACUGCAAAUGCAGGUGCAUCUUGGGACGCUGCCUACAACAUAGACAAUACAGGAUUGUCAUCGGCAUCCUCCAGCUCUUCAUCAUCUGUCUCUGCUUCAUCUUCAUCAUCUAUGUCGUCAUCCAGUAUCGGGCAAUCAACAUCCACAAAGCAAGUUCAAAUGACCAGUUCUUCGGGAAAAGAAGUUCGAGUUGAGCAACCUUCAAGGCCAGUUAUUCAGCCUCUGACACCUCGUCCUACCCUCCCUCCUACAACAAGAGCUCCAUUGCCACCAACCACGCAAGCACCACCGCCAACCACACGGCGACCUACCACUACCACACAAGCUACCACACCGUGGGACGCCUCUUUCGUUAACCUUCAGUCAUUAUCGGGCUUCCAGGUUUCUGGUGGCGGAUCUAAUCAGAAUAUGGCUGGUGGAAGUGUUUCCUCUGGAGGUCAGAACUCAUUCAACAGGUUUGAUCAAUUGAAUACAAUGAGUGUUUCUAAUAAUUUCAACAACAAUGUUGAUAUUUCAAAGACAAUGAAGACAGAUACUUCCAACACAUUUAACACUUUCGGAUCCACGAAUUCCCUUCAAUCUGGCGAUUUAGGGUCUUUAACAAUUGGCCAAUCGAAUAUGAAUAUGCAAUCAGGCUCUUCAUCAAACUUUGCUUCCAUCAUACCUACCGAAUCUAGCCAAGCUGCCUGGGGUUUGGGUGUAGACGCCUCAGCAAACAGGGGUACCUUUCAGAACACACAGACCAACUUUAAUACCCAGACAAUGAACAAUAACAUGAUGAACAACAUCAACAUGAUGAACAACAACAACAUUAUGAACAACAACAACAAAUGGAACAGCUUCUUAGAGGUCGGGACGUCUAGGUUCGAUAUUCCAGUUAAUGUGCCGCCUCCCACCACAACAACAAUGGCGCCGACGACGACCACGCCCAUCCCGACAGAGCCGCCCGUCAUUAUUGACGUCAACGACCUGACGCCGGAAUCCGUCGAUCCUAUAUCAAGAAACGUGAUGCUGAGCAUGAUCAAAUCAAUGGGCCAAAAUCAACAGACAAUCAUGACCCUCCUGUACGCCACAGGCGCCGAUUUCCUGCGAUCCAUGAAUAUUAACCCCGCCCAUCUCAAGGGCUCCGUCAGUACAGCUGUACUUAACAUAUUACCUGAGCUGAGAAGGUUCCUUCGACUCCCAAGGAGACGUAGCUUCCCUCGAGAUCCAUACAUAGUCGGCAAAGGUUACCGCAGCGAGAUCCAAAGGCGACAGGAGCAACAAAGACAGCAACAGUAUUCGCAUUACGAUACAAACCACACAAAUAGCGCCACCAAUCAACACUAUCAACCACCGCCACCACCAACUACUCCUGAUCCCGUCCAACGAGCGGUGGAGUCCGCCAUGAGCAAGCAGCUGAUCACCAUGCUAGGUUUGGCACCAGAGCCCCCAGAUCCGCCAGCAGGUGGAAGACGAGGCAGAGGUCAACGUGGCGGCGGUGGUGGAUGGGGCGGUGGAGGAGGAGGAGGCGGCGGCGGCGGAUGGGGUGCCACUGCAGAUCCUUGGAAUGUAGCAGGUGGUGGUGCAGAUCCUUGGGCGACUGGUGGAGGAGCGGGCGGUGGUGGAGCAGCAGCAGAUCCAUGGGCACAGCCUGGACCUGAUCCAUGGGGAGCACCGGGCGGUGGUGGCGGCGGCGGCGGCGGCGGUGGGGGAAGAAGAAUGUCUCGACAAUGGCAAGAGGUGCUAGGUCUGAUCCCUGAGCCCGGUGAUGUUCCUCCCGGACAGCGAGGUGGAGCCGGCGGCGGCGGCGGCGGAGGCGGUUGGGGUGGAGGCGGCGGAGGCUGGGGAGGCGGUGGCGGUGGAUGGGGAGGCGGUGGUGGUAGAAGAGGCGGCGGUGGUUUUGGAGAGCUAGGCAGACUGGCAGGAAUGAUGAUGGAUCCUGCCGAAGCAGCUGAGCUUGGUCUUGGUCCUGGUGGACCCCGAGGCGGCGGCGGCGGCGGAGGAGGAGGAGGAGGAAGAAGGCGUGGUCCUGCCAGUAGAGGGCGUGUCUUACAUGAAAUUGCUGAAGCCUUCGGGUUUUAAAGAAAUGAACUUUUUGUCUUAAGGAACGAUUUUCGCAAUAGUAAUUUUCGUAUUAUUCCUACACUGGUAACAAGUUAAUAUCUUACAACUUAAAGCGUUAUCAACAAUUAACAAAAAACCGUGAAAUGUUUUAUUCUGGUCUUAAUGAGAAUUUUAAUUAUUUUUUUUAUUCAUAAUAUCUAUGCCUUGCAAAGGGUAAAGGUUGUUGCAUACUAUAAGACGAAAAAGCUACACUACUUUCCCAUAAGUUGUAAUUGCAUUUUUUGAGUUAACUCUUACUACAUAUUUGUCAUAUAUUGGGAACGAAAUUCUUCUCAUUUUUUUAGGUUUAUUUUGCAAUGAUCAGAUAAUGUUAGGCACCAGAGCAUAGGCUUUUAAGUGUUUCGUGGCCAAGUGUCACGAACGAACCCUUUUACGUUGGCGUCAUAGGCUGGUGAAUGACCACAUCAUAAAAUAGAUCCAUCAAGUCGCAAAGAAUGACAUAUAAGAAUAGCUUGACGAAAGAAUCUGUCCGAUUGUACUCAAUAUUAUGGAUAUAUCUUUAUUAUUUAACCCAAAUAUACAAAUAAUAUACCUUUUUAGAUCUAGAAUUAUUCAGUUCAACCGCAUAAGAUUAAACUUCUAUGCUUGAUAUUUAUAAUGAUAAGAAAGAUUAAUGUAUUAUUUAUUCAAAGCAUAAACCUAUUGUAUAUGUAUAUUGAGUUUAUGCAUAAUUUGUAAGAAGUAUUUUACGCAAAGUACAAGGUUUAAACCGAUUAAUUUUAGUGAUAUCUUAUGCACAAUUUUCCCCCCGGAAAUAUCCGAUCUGUUGUUUUUGACAUUUUUGACCGUUUUGUUUUUGUCAAAUUUACAAUGCGAUCUUUACUUUUUCAUACAAUUGUCGUGUGAAUGUUGUUGUUUGGUAGGGCCCUAUGUGUGAAUGUGCAGUGCAUGAUUUUAUUACCAAUAAACCAUAAAAAACAAAAUAAA